GGUCUGUCGAAGUCUCUUCAAAGAUAGUUAAAAGGGCGAUGGCGACGUCUUCAUCAGUCAAAGAUCAGGGGAUGCCUUUGGAGCAGUGUCUUUAUCUGUUCCACCACGUCUUCCUCCCCCCACGACUUCCCCAAGAGGAAGACUAUCGGCCUGAGCUCGACAUUCUCCUUCUCACUACAGUGAUCGAUGCUCUGCAUGGAUUCAGACGCAACGCUCCUGUGUGUCACGUUGGCACUCUCACAAUGGUCAUCCAGAUGAUGUUGCGCUUCAGGAAGAUUCUAGGGAUUCAAGGUGAACUUAACGAGGACGAGCUCCGACAAGCGUUUCGAAAUUUGAGCACCGAGGAAUCUUUCGAGCUGUCACCCCGGAACAGGGCUAUAAUUACGACCUUGGGUCGCCUCCAGCGCCAAUUCCCGGGGCCUACGAUCGCAUUGAGCUUGGACACGUUUAACCAGCCCGAACUACAAGAUAUAAUGGCACAAACACUUGCUAAGAUGAGCUAUCAGCCUGCGGUGGGGACCAUGGCUAAGGUGCACAAGGCCGGAGAGCUUCAUGAUGAGGAUAGGGAUACUACCCAUCCGAAAAUGGUCACUGAAUUAUUCAUGGCCUUUUUGCGGUCAGUGUGCACCGAUACUCAGGCUGUCCAAAUCAUGAAGAAUACGCGAGAUGAUGUUAUGUGGCUCAACAGUCGUCGUCCAUGGCGUCGUUCGUCUCUGUGGCUGAUGGCCCGAGUUGUGCUCCAGCUCUGUUUUCGCAGGUUCACCACAUUCCAUGAGACGGACGAUAUGUACAAACAUGUCAUGGUCUACUUCCUGGGAUCCAUGCUCAGAUUAUCUCACGAAGUGCUGCCUAGUGAGAACCUCCAUUGUAUGAGUGCCAAGAUCUUGCGUCGAUUGCUCAAACUCAGCUUCUCGAAUAAGUCUCAUUGGUACUCUCCCAUUCAGCGUGCUUUAGAGAAGGCGAAGGAUACUAUUCAACACCGCUGGCGUAAAGUCAUGGCCCGGCAGGCUCGCCACAAUCAUUUGUCGGAUCUGGCUGGGUUGAACUUCAGCCAUGACAUCUACUGCUCUAUCCCCAGUCUUGAUAUAUACCUCGAGGGAUUGAAUGCAUUUAAACAUGUGGCCCGAGAACUACCAGAGAAUCUACACCCAUUUUCGGCACUUGCGAAACUCUCAACCCAAAACUUGCCCUCUUAUCUGGACUUGCAGGACCCCAGCUACCAAGCACAUAAUCUCGCUGCACUAGAAGACUGGGUCUCCUCGAAUUUAGACUUUUGGCUGAAUGGAUGCAUAGAUGCUGAGGACACAUGCGCUCGGCUAGGCCGUUUGAUUAAUGAUUAUCACAGCGUUGCAUCUUCAGCAUACUCCAACAAUCCCGAAGCUUUCUCGUGCAUGCUUCUCACUAUCCUAGAACUGUGGAUAGCAUGUGACCGCUCUGCUACUCACAUACAUGAGAUCCUAAACGACUACGACGCGAAUGUACCGGUGAACAUUUUCUGUUCCCUCCUGCUUCCUUUUAGGUCGCAAAUGGAACGACUGGCUCGUGCAGAGGAAUAUCUACGCCAACGUCGACUACGGGCAAAGCAGCACGGAUGGGGCAUUUUCUGGCAAUUCGGUACCGUUUCAUUUUUUGCUGUUCGAUACUUUGAUCAGUCGAACGACCAUCAGCGUUUGCUCCGAGAAAUACAAGACCGUGCCCAGCAUGAAAGGCUUAGCAAAGUGAAGGAACUUCAAAGUCUGCAGCAAAGAUACCUCAAUUUGAUGGCUCUUGCAGACAAGACACAAUGCAUGUAUACUUCAACCACUCUUAAAGCGCACCCACGAAUCAUCCAGCGUGUUCAUGACCCCAAAUGCCCAAAGGAAGCUUACAAACAACAAGCCAACAGUUUACAUAUUCAAGUUCAUGAAUGGCCAUUGCCGCAAAAUCCGUUAAAAGCGAAGUCCACUGUCUUUGAACUGAAUCUGCCUCGACCUUUCAGAUGUUGGCGUGAUAACACAAUAUUUUUCUUGGUUGACGUGCUGCGCCUUGGAUACCAGGUCCUUGAGAAACCAGUCUAUGAGUUCCAGCCACAACUUCAAAAAGGUCUCAGGGGCUUCUUCAAGCAAGGUGACGGAGGGCAGCGCAUUGGUCUUCUUUCAGAAAUCAAGCCCCACACUCGGACACAGGCGUGGACGAAAUAUUCUCAAUGUCACUGUGGACGAUGUAAAAGGUGUUUCGUGACUGCUAUGACAGACAGAUUGGAAAUUGCCAACAUGUGCUCAUAUAAACUCCCCAUGAGAAGCACUCAAUUGCAACGUUUCCUCUUUCGCCCGCCCCCAGCAACAAAUGCUGGCCCGUCUCCCAAUACAGUCAUCGCGUCGCAAGAUACAUGUCCGUCGCAUAUGUCCCUUGAAGAAUACAAGGCUCUUUGCACAAUGCCUCUUGGCUUUCAGAUCCAAUGGCAGAAUGUACUCCUGCAGCUAACCAUUCCGUUGGUAGACUACAAAAAGGUAGAGACGAACAUAUUCAUCCAUCAGAUCAUGAACCAAGCCGGACCCUCUACUCCUGACUCCACUUUAAGAAUAGGGCAUAGCAUCUUGAGUGACGAACUAUUGACUGGAAGGUUACUUGAGCAAAUCGAAUGGACCAUUGCCAGGAUCAAAGGCAAUUGGGAGCUGGCGCAGGGACUCAACGCACUCAUCCGUCUGACACUGAGGAUACUGUCUCUAUCGCAGUCUACCAAGAUCCACGAACUGUGUCUGCAACGCCUAGGGCAGCUUCGUGACAUAGCGCUCGACUGGAUCAAGCUUGUCCAAGAUAAAGCGAGCCGUGCAAGAGAUGAGAAGCAUCGUAACGCGUUAUUUGCACGUAGUAUGCAUCUCAGCUUGAUCUGUGCGGAGACCUUUGAUACUGAAUUCUUCUUGAAGCGACAAUUGGGCAGUCCUGCUGAUGCGUCAAUCUUUCUACAAUGCUGCAUGUUGAUCCAUGAUAGAAAGGGUCUCGCCAUGAGCGGUGACAUCUUUCUUCCCAUUAUGUAUCAGCGCUGGAGAAACUUGACCUAUCGCUGUCUUCCCAUACUAGCAGACAGUAUCUUACACCAUCAGAGUGCAGCCCUAGACAUGGCUAUUGCCCAAGUUUGGGCGACAUAUCGUGCAGGCUCCAGCUGGUCUGCUGUGGCUGAGACUGAUCGCUGCUGGCUUUACACUUACUCCGCACAACAGAAUAUAGGCGAGCAGGGACUGCCAGUACACUAUAAUAUUCUGACUGGCGAACUACUUGUCAAUGGUCUACCUCUGGCUCGCCUUCCUUCGGACUACGAACAACAUGAAACAUACAAAACGCUUUUCGGGGAGACUUUGUUGGAGGUCAUGCCGAGUGAUGUACCGGGCAUGCAGUUUUGCUGCCAAAAUCUGCAUCUAGGACAUACCGUCCACUUCUCAAGGAGGCAGAUUCGAGGUUUGAACUCUCAUGAUCUCUGCAUCGAAGCGACCAAAGACAAAAGCACCAUUAAUUUUGUGCCACCGAGGCUUCUUGCAGGUCUACUCCCCGAUGCCUUUGUGACUGAUCACGUUCAUUGGUAUCAUAAAGCAGACGCGUCUGUGGAGUUCCGUCCCAAAGCCAACGCUUGGAUGACAUCAUCGUCUAAUUGGAAACUGCACAGACUGCAGAGGGAGCAUGGAGGAGUAGCCUGGUACCUAGUUAAGGGUGAACGGGUCCUUGUGAAUAUGCGGAGUAGAACAGGCAGGUGUAUCUCAAGGAUUCUGCGGCCGCUUGAGAAGCGUGCGAACCUGCAUUGCAGCUUGAUUUCUGGAUUUACAACGUUGGAGGUCGAUCUGCCUCGUCUGCAGCUUGGAUUUGAUCUACAGUCAGGGUCUUCCGUAGUACUUUCUCGACAGCAUCGUGGGAUGUUCAUCGAUCCCAAUCAGUCAUUGGAUACCUUGAUCGGCUUGCGCAACAAGCUCCUUCUAAUCGACGAAGUCAAGCAGAACCGGGUGAUUCUUAUACCAGAGGGGCCUGUCCACUGGAGAAGGUCCAAGUAUCAUACGAAGGUGAAAAUAAAAAGGCGGGCAAGCAACAAGAUACACGUCUACACAGUUGAUAGGCAGCUUGGUCGAUUGAUUGACGACGAAAGCUUACAGAGCAGACUCUUCCUUUGCUAUCUUCAUGCUUUAACAUCUUCUUGCGUUCCUGAUCCUCUGACGCAAAAGUCGGGGACUGACCAAGCUCUAUCUAUUCUGCGCUCGGCAUCAGUAAGAUCAUUCGUCCAACUCGAGCCCGGGUGUUGUGCGAUCCUGUCUCGAAUUGCCGAACUGACCCCAGGGAGACGAUACUAUCCCCUGGAAGCGCGCGUUAUGCAGACAGUUCAUUGGGACAGCGGCUUGGGUUGCCUGGCUCAGCACAAUGAGUUCUACACUGAGGUCACUGAGAUAUUUGAACAGGAUACUCGAAUGAGAAUCUUUUGUCCGGAGCAGCCGGAGACGUAUCAUGAAUUACCGGCAAUGGAGUCUAUGUUACUGAGACGGGACCAGAUUCGUUCAUCCACAUUUCGAGUGGCCGAGUAUGGCGCCGAGAAGCAUACGUCUGAGUACGACCGUCCUUACAAUGGACUCGACCAGACUCGCAAUUCUGUGGAGGGACUGCAAGCCUUUAGACUAUCUUCAAUGGUGUAUAACGGCCUCCGCUCUUUUGUGGUCCAGAAAAUGAAUCAGGAAGAAUUAGCCGGGUAUCUAUGGUCUGCUUUCGAAUCAAUGCCAUCUGUAGAUGGUCCACAGAUGCAGAUUGAUACUUCGAAAAUAGGAUAUGAUGCUCGUCUACUCCUGGACCCUACACUGUACAUCUAUACCAAUUGGUACAGCAUUCACAGGAUGCUUUCUGCAAACAAAACUCGAUUGAACAAAUAUUCACUCAUGAUGUGGCUAUCAACGCUAGCAUUCUCACGGAUGUUUCGCCUGGAUGUCCUCGAAUUACUGGCCUCACUUUACACUGUUCCUGAGAUGGCUUCGAUUCCAGUCCCUGAGCACACCAGUUUUGUAUUGAUUGAAGGUUACAGGUUUGACAGUGACACGUUGCGAGCUAAGCUCGAGCUGACCGCACUCGAACGGACUAGACAGCCUCGUCCUAAGCGCAAAGGGCUUGAAAGCCAAGACGAGUUCGUGUCGCGGCGCAAUGAACAACAGGACGAUAAUAGAAGUGAAACUCUGAAAGAGUUCAUUGGGUAUCUAAAAGAGCAGUGGCCAGCACCUGAGCCUCUCUAUUACUAUGAAGCCAAUGGAACGAGCCCGCGCUUUUCGGACUACUUCGACAAGAACACCGCCAUAAACUGUGCCUGUGACCUUUUCUCCGCUUGGUUCAGCAACUUGAAGUUUCAUGAAUAUGUCACUACCAUGACCUUAACGCUGAGAGCUCAGCCAGUCACCAAUCUGUAUGAACCCUCUUAUAUCGAUACGCUCCGAGCACAGCCCGUGAGCCGUGCCCGUGCAUUUGUCUGUAUCGAUGACCUUUUGAGUUCUGAACCACCGCCUCCAAAAGAGGCACCACGCCUCUCCGAGAUCUUGCAUUGCCAUACACCAAGCACUGAGCGUGAUAAUAUGCUAGCUUUCCUGAACAGGCUCGAGAUGCUUUCUAGUUCUGAUUAUGAGAGAGUCUAUGUGGAACGGUUGCGGGGCAGCUUCGAGGCAAUGCAAGCAUCCAGGAAGGUUUUUAGCCUCUCGGAAAAUGUGGAGGAAGUUAACAGCGUUCUUCUCGAGCAUCUCGCACACUGCGACGAACAUUACCGAGAGCUACACCAUGCAGUUAUGUCAGCGAUGAGGCCAUCGAAUGCACUGUUGGAGCCUCCUGGAAUCAAAGAUUUGAUAAUAUAUCAGGCUCUGCGGACAGUGGCAGGCGAUGCUCACAUGCCAGCGAUAUCGACGGAAACACUGCUUCGUCAAUUGACCCGCCGUAGGUGGCGUGAAAUUCCUGAGCGCUGGAAAGCAUGCUUCAUUGCCUACGGCCUCGCUGUCACGGCUGUUCAGCGAGCAAAGAGGCUGGUAAAGUCACUGAGAAAGCCGGAUGACUUGAUCCGGGAGCUUCAGAAUCCAGGCCACGCCAACUGGGACCCCCAUCAGUACCCGGAGUCUCUUCUAUUGGAGGUCGAGAACGGGAUCUUGGUUAGAGAAGCACAAGAGCAGAUUGCGCAACAAAUGAGAAGCCUUAUUCCAGGAGAGAACAUGGUGGUGCAAUUAAACAUGGGCGAAGGCAAAUCUUCGGUUAUUGUUCCCAUUGUGGCUCUCAACUACGCGAAUGGUGCAGACCUCGCUCGUGUGCUGGUAGCGAGACCGCAAUCAAAGCAAAUGCUCCAGAUGCUGGUUUCGAAAUUGGGCGGCUUGUUAGACCGACGAGUGUACCAUCUGCCUAUCUCACGGUCCUUAAAUCUGGAUGUCUUCAAAGCAGAAAUAGUCAGGCAGAUUAUGAAAGACUGCAUCACAAAUGGUGGUGUGCUUUUGGUUCAACCUGAACACUUGCUGUCCCUGAAGUUGAUGUGCUUAGAGUGCUUCAUAACUGGCAGAGAAGAUAUCGGCCAGUCGCUGCUCGAUUCACUAGAGUUUUGCAGAAGACAUGCGCGUGACAUUGUCGAUGAAAGUGACGAAGUGUUCAGUGUACGGUUUGAGUUGGUGUAUACCAUGGGGGCGCAGAACAUGCUGGAGAUGAGCCCAGAGAGAUGGAACAUCAUACAUGAGGUGCUGCGACUGGUACCGAUCUUCGCUCCUGGCGUCAAGGAGGUGUAUCCAGACUCAAUUGAGAUCAAUGACAGUCUGCCGGGCUCCUUUCCCAAACUACGAAUCCUUCAUUGUGCCACGCAGAAUGUUGCCCAACAGGAGCUUCUCUUCCGCAUCGCAAAGCAUAUCUGCGAUACUGGAAUUGGGAAUCUCCCAAUCUCGAGGCAGCCUGUAAAGAUCCAAGAAGCUUUGCUUACUUAUAUCUUAAAAGAGCGACUGACAGUCGAUGAGAUCAUCACCGUUCAGAGUCCUUCGUCAAAUGUGUGGACCAGUAUCUGGCGGAAUCCCCUCCUUCUUCUUAGAGGACUGUUUGCUGGUGGUAUUCUGGGCUUUUGCUUCGGCCGCAAACGAUUCCGAGUCAAUUAUGGGCCAGAUCCUACCAGGAAACCCCCUACUCGACUUUCUGUGCCUUACCGUGCCAAAGACAGCCCUGUUCCUCGUGCUGAGCUUAGCCAUCCAGACGUGGUAAUCACCUUAACGUCUUUGAGCUAUUAUUACGCUGGUUUGAGUGACGAUGAAAUCACUCUCGCCUUUAACCGCCUUCUUCAGUCCGAUCAAUCAGAUAUCGAAUACCGCGCCUGGGUUCAAAACGCACCUGGGCUCUCAAAUGAAUACCAUCAUCUUUUUGGAGUAAACCUUGACGAUCACAAUCAUUGUGUUGUUCAUGUGUUUCCACGCUUUCGUUUCUCUAAGGCUGUUAUUGACUACUUUCUCAGCAACAUCGUAUUUCUGAAAGAGAUGAGACAGUUUCCAAGUAAGCUUUCGGCUUCGGGUUGGGAUCUUGGUGAAGUGAAGGUUCAUCCCACCGGUGGCUUCAGUGGGACCAAUGAUUCCCGCGAGGCUCUUCCUUUGGAUGUUGCCCAACGGGACCUGCCAGAGCAGAGCCACACCAAUGCAUUAGUGCUUGAAAAUCUCUUAAGAAGUGAGAACUCUGUCUCUUUCAUACCAGCACCUGUUCAAUCACCAGAACUACACGGUCUGAUUUCGAAUGCUCAGAAUCUUCUGAAUAAUGUGGUAGCUCUCAAUCCCCCAGUCCAGGUGAUUCUUGACGUCGGAGCCCAGAUUUUGGAGAUGGACAGUCAGCAGGUGUCAAGAACCUGGCUUGGUAUGGUUGAGAGCAUUGCGCAACUUGAAGCUGUUGUUUUUAUCGACAACGAACAUGAGAUCUGCGUGCUCGAUAGAAAUGGACGAGUCGAGCAACUACAGAUCUCGCCUUUUGCAAACCGGCUUGAUGCAUGUCUUGUCUUCUUGGAUGAGGCACAUACCAGAGGAAUUGACUUAAAACUUCCAGCAAAUUACCGUGCCGCAGUAACUCUAGGACCAGAUAUCACGAAAGACAAACUUGUCCAAGCUUGUAUGAGAUUGAGAAAGCUGGGCCAUGGCCAAUCAGUGACUUUCUGCGUUCCAAAGGAGAUAGAAGCCAAACUAUUUACCCUUACGGGGACUCAUGAUAGAACAGGAGCUGAUGUAUCUGACAUCCUCUUGUGGGCGAUAUCGGAGACUUGGAUCGAUAUGCAGCGCAGUAUAUCACUGUGGGCUACUCAAGGUGCACGCUUCGAGCAUCAAUGUGCCCUGUGGAGUAUGGUGCAACGCGAAGGAGACGAAACUCGCAUGUCUCAGAACCACAGCAUUCGCUUCCUCGAACCUGAGUCACAAUCCUUGGUCAAUCGAUACGGACCGCGCCCCGCAACGCUGCCAUUCUUGAGGCAGGGGUGGGAGGAAAGCAAGAAUAUGAGGCGUAUCCUAGACCGAUACAACGAAUUUUGUGGCGCGAAUCACCGGGCUGUCGAUCUUUCGGAGGAACAGGAGCGCGAGCUGGCUCCAGAGUUUGAAGAGGAACGGCAACUUCAGCGGCCGGGACCUGUGGAUCCCGAAUGUCAUUCUCUUGACCCAGACUUACUCUCCUUCAUUACUUCGGGAAAGUUGAUAAAGGACUCCAAAUCAUACUUACCGGCCUUUGAAUUACGGGAGACAUCUGCGGCAGCUCAUCUUGAUGUUUCUGAAUUUCCUUCGGGACUCUACGUCACCCAGGACUUCGCCAGGACAGUUAUUAGGUCUAAGAAGAACCGAUUUGAAUUGGAUAGCUAUCAGCGUCCAGUCCAGUGGAUAUUACUGUCGAAGACCGCAAAGUAUGCCAUCAUUCUAUACGUGCAAUCAUACAGAGAAUACCAGGAGCUGUGCGCGUUUCUCGGGGUGGCCUCUACGAAAACGCUAGAAGGCUUGACAGUUGCUGCGGAUGGUUUCAUUGUUGGCGGAAAGGACAAGCCAAAAACUACAUUCAGCCAAAGCCCGCUAAAGUUCCUGAAGAUCCUCAUGUCGCAGAUCAGGAAAGAUUGCCAGGAUAUAAGCAAGACUCAUCUCGGCAAGAUCAUAGAUGGGGUCCUCCUAACUCCAGAAGAUUUUCGGGACGCAUUAGCACCGGACACGAUACACUCGGGAAAUGAAUCUUGCCGGCUGACUCUCCCGCACGCCCCUUCCGGUGGUUGA